AUGUGGCGUGGCGGUCGACGCGGCAGCGGGCCACAUCGUCGCAGCCGACUGCGACAGCGAUCAGUUACGGAGCCCGUGGGGCGUGGCGGUGGAUCAUGCCACAUCGUAGCGACCGACUACGACAAUCAUCCGGUGCACAUGCGGCGCGCCGAUGACGGGUCCUUCGUCCGCACCUUCGGCUCCCGCGGUUCCGGCCCCGGCCAGUUCAAUUGCCCGCGCGGCGUGGCGGUCGACAAGGCGGGCCACAUCUUCGUGGCCGACAGCGAAAACCAUCCGGUGCACGUGUGGCGCGCCGAUGACGGUUCCUUCCUUGGCACCUUCGGCUCCAAGGGUGGCGGCCCCGCCCAGCUCAACUGGCCAACGGGCGUGACGGUUGAUGCAGCGACAGGGCACAUCAUUGUGGCUGAUAGUGGCAACAAACGGGUUCAGGUGUGGUAA